AAGAGUUCACGGUGUUGACUUGGCCUCUAGAUCUGAUCAAGCUUCUCAAACAAGUCUGAUUCAUGGAGGUCCCACCACCUCGCAACUUACAAGAUCUGCUGCUAACAUCUUGGUGCCAGAUAUUACAACACACCUUCAGAUGUCUUGAGGAGUCCGUGCCUUGAAGGUAAAAGUGCUGUUUUAGGGGCACAAUGGGAGACCUCCACAAUAUCAGGUGGUUUUAUUGUUAUGGCUAAUCAGUGUAUACUGUCUAUUUUAUGGUUUAAAAAUGCUCACAUGGAAUCAUUACCAAGUUAAAAAGAAGCAACAUUUUGCACAUUUGUGCUUGUAAGAUUUUUAAUAGAUACUUUAUGACACAGUUCUUCUUUGACCAUGAAUUGGUGUGAUGUUGAUGCCUGAUCUGUUACUUCAUCACCCACUAUACGAAUCUGGUAUAUUAAAAGAGCUCCAAGUCAAACAAGUAAAACUGAAAAUGUCAUGUCAAAAGGAAUUCAUAUUUUUUUUAAACUCAAUAUCACAUCUUCGGAAUGAGUACAUCAGAGGGACGUCUCAUGUUGGACGUUUGGGGGACAAAGUUAGGGAGGCCAGAUUAAGAUGGUUUGGACAUGUCCAGAGGUGGGAGAGUGAGUAUAUUGGUAGGAGAAUGUUGGACAUGGAGCUGCCAGGCAGGAGGCAAAGAGGAAGGCCAAAGAGGAGGUAUAUGGAUGAAAUAAAUGAGGAUAUGAUGCUAGUGGGUGUAAGUGUUGAGGAUGCAGAAGAUAGGGAUAGGUGGAGAGAGAUGAUUUGCUGUGGCGACCCCUGAAGGGAAAAGCCGAAAGAAGAAGAAGAAUAUCACAUCUUCAUCACUAUUCUGAAUAGUUUAUGGGAAUGAAACACAGUAUGUCACUUCAGGUGUUACAUCAAGUCGAUAUCAGAUUAUUAAUAACACCUGAUGCCUGUUUUAAAAUAUGUUUCUGAAUGGUUAUGUCUUUUUAAGUCAGAAGAGGCUAAUGUAAGUCUUAUGAACACUGUUCUUAUAUAAAGGGUUAUUCCCUAACAUGCCACAAAUACCAAUAAUAUGAAUUCAUUCACAUUAGAGCAAACGGAAAUAUAAAAUUAUAUCAAACUAGAAGAGUUGCUUUGCAUCCAAGUUAUUAUAAUCUAUACAAAUAUAUCAUAACAUAACCUAACGUAAAGAUCUGGCACAAGCUGCUUCCUUCUAGACUGUUCUAUCCAAUAACAACAGUGCCCCCUACUGAUCCGUGAGAUAAGUGCAGCAUAUCGAGCACCAGCAUGCUUAGCAUAUCUUAACAAGGUAAUUUAGAUGUGCCUUGUUGUAAUUUGCAGUCACGUCUUUCUGGAUGGUUUUGUCUGGGUUUAAAUACAGUGCUCAGAUGUAAUCCCAUCAGCCACGACACUACAGGCUGAAUGAUAAGCUUAAGCACAUCUUUUCCCAUUGCUCCAGGUGCAAUUGUUGAUUGGAUUGCUGUCAAAUGGGGAUGCAUACUGAGGGGGAAAAAAAUGAAAAGGAAAAAAAAUCACUGUGAAAAAAGUGAACACAUCCCCUUCUCUUUUUUUUCUUCAGCUAUAAAUGACCAUGACCUUAAGUAGAAAAGGUUAAUUGAAUGUAUUGAGUGUAAUUAACAGUGAUAUAAAAAAGUGCUGUUAUAAUGAGUGGGUAAGGAUUUUUGAGAUAUUUACAGAAAAUAUUGAUUCCUUCUGAAAAAGGACCACAGAUGCAGUGCGUUUUCAACUUAAACAUUAUGACCAUUAAAGAUAAUAAGUCUAAAGCUUAGGUUCAGGGGGAAUAGUUGAAUUUAUAAACAAAUGUCAAUAUAUUUCUCACAUAGGAAUAUCAUCACAAAUUCUGAUCGAGUCUUUUUUCUUUCUUUCUUUUUUUUAACUUUUUUUCCCACAGAAAAUUAUUAAAAGUGAAUUGAUCCUGGAGUCUCAAAUAUUUCUCUAGUUGAACAUAAACAGAUUUAUGUAGUGUUACACAUGGAUUAUAUCAGUAUAUAAUCAUCUAUCAUAAACAUAUCACUCGACAGUAAGUGGAAAGUUUUGAUUCAUUAUUACUGUAUGUAAGUAGUGAAGGAGCGAAAAAAGCGAAUAAAAAUAUCCUUACCUUUAUCUGUAUUUGGAUCUGAGCCCAAAGGUGGUGUCGCCUAAAUUGGGGGAAUAAACACAGAGGCAGAAAUGGCAGCACUGUCUGUGAAUUCUGGCUCGGACACUACCUCAUUACUCACAUUUAUAAUUAGGCUCAGCUAGAGAUGAGCACAGGGCUGGGUUUUAAAAUGGAUUUUUGUAUGAUACUUUCAUGAAUUUACAUAAAUUGAAUUGGUUCUGUUUUCUAAAAUAUAAGCAAAGGACAAACUAAUAUGUUUAUAGCUCACACAUAUGAAUAGUAAAGUAAAAACUUACCCCAACUUCGAAUAUCAAUCCUUUGAAUCUCUCUGGGAAGCUCUGUAUCUUUUCAUAUCUGUAAUUGUUUAGCAUACAUUAUCUAUUCAAUUUGAAUAACGAAUUUGUAAUCAGUACUGAGAAAUUUAAGGUGUAAAUCCAUUAGAUUGUUGAGGUAGCAUGUUACAGCAAAUACGACACAUGAAUUAUGUACAUUCUAUGUUUUAAUAUAAGUUUAGCUGCUCGGUGUCAGGUCUACUGAAACUUUGAACUCAAACACUGACACAGUGUCCCACAAUGCACACUUCCACGUUAACAGUUAUUAGACACGCACACACACACACACACACACACACGUUUAAAAGACCCUUUCUUAAAGUAUACAUUUGCUUACCCUGCCUUCUGUUUGUAUGUUUGAUUAUCUGGUUUUGACCUUGUGUACUUGUAUUGACAUGUUUACUGUUUUUAUGCUCUGUCUUAUCUUAGACAGCCUGUUUGCUGAUCGCCUGAACAUUGCCUGUUUAUUCACUUUUGAGACGUCUUGGAUUUGUCAAAAGUCGCUAACAUGCAAGUUUCCAUCUCAGCGACUUUGUUAAAGAUGACACUUUAAGGCUGAUACACAUGUAUUUACAUGAGAUCUACUACAUAGUACAAAUCCUUAUAUAGAAUUGAUCGUAUUUUAUCAGUGGCCAAGUAUUUCUGUUUUUAUCUAGCCUAUUAUAGACCAUAUUUUAAUAGAAACGUCUCAAAAACACUCAUUUGUUUUCUGUGUUCAAAGUAAAUGGUGAUAUCUGCUUUCUGAGAUGCCCCAAGUGCAUCUAAAAUUCUUCAGCGUAAGGUGUAAGGUUAUCCCAACAGAGGGAAAAACAUCUCAAAUUGAAAGCCAACAGAGUCCUGACUAAAUUUAUAUCAGAAUAAUUCAUUUGUUUAUACUGAUUGAAAAUGCCUGAUGAGUCAAUUUCCAUUCUGCCGGCUCAAUACUUAAUAAUAAAGCUGGAGUGCGCAGUUUUGUUUAAUUUCUCACCACUGGACUAAGGACAAAAGGGCUAAAGACUUUAUAGUCUUUGAAAAUCAGGCCAGGUUUUCACAAAGCAUCCUGAACAUUUUGAAGGUCAUUUCAUGUUGAUUGUUAUAAAAAAAAAUCUUAAGUGUGUAUGUAGAAUACAUACAAUACAUGGUUUAUGUUUGGCUUUUUUUGUGAUUGUGUGUCUCUCUCUUUUUUUAUGUCUGUUUCACUGCAUAAAAUACCGAUAAAUACUUCACUACAGGCAGGACUCUGGUGCCAUUUAGUCACAAAUUGCUCAGAGCAGUGGCUGAGAAUGAGGGCAUGAAAUGGAUUCAGGGUGGCGAGUGAGACUAGGGUAGCUAUCUGAAGGACACCAAAACAUCCCACAGUAUUUUUAGGGCUGUCAUCCCCUGGAUCUGUCAGAGUUACACACCCCAGCCCAGAGCAUAGAGGAUAUAUAACAGUCAGUCUCCAGGAGGUUGGGACUAAAUGAUCAGCCUAAUGACAAAGAAGACCAGCAGACACAUAAGCAUGCCAUCAAAGAAAAAGAUGUCCCAUGAGAUUUCACAAAUAUAAGUGACCGUGAUGGCUGCCGACCUACACAUUUCACAUAUUCUACAAGAGCUCUGUCAGCCCCACUCUAAUGGUAAUCAAAUAUGCUGUAAAAAUGAGGACAACAACAACAACAUCAAUAAUACAGGGAUAGCAGAGGAGCCAUGGCUUCCCCCCAGUAUGGUGACACAGAGCCAAGAACAAGAGUGCACACAUGAACACAGAAGUGAGAGGAGUUUCAAGACUCAGGGUAAAGAAGAUGAAAUGAAAGAGCCCCAAGGAGAUCCAUGUAACGCACCAGUCUCUCCUAAAAACUCAAACAAUAAGAAGCAGACAGUACAGGCAACACCAAAGCCUGCUGUUUCCACUAAGAGUUCAGUGUUUGAAAAGUGGGCCGCUAUGGAUAAGGCCAAUCAGAGACCCCUUGCCAAGAGGCAGCUUUCAGACUUCAGCCAAGCUUCCAAUUCCAGAGCUGUGAAGAAAACUUUGGUAAAAGAGGAAGAUCAGACAAAAGAGAAGGUGCAGAGUUGUGCUACUCAGCAGGACAUGAGAGAUGAUCAGAUGGUCUUGAACGAGCGUGGGUCUAGAAGAAAACUGCAGAAGGAGCUGAUCUCCAACAUAGAGGAUUUCUACAGAGUGGAUUCACACGCAAUCAGUGCUGGCCAAGAGCUAAAGAGUAAGAAGAUCUUCUCAGUACAGACUAUUGCCAGAACCAUCACCAAGGGAACAUCUACUGAUUUAGAAAGGCUUCGUGCAAUCUGGAUCUGGCUCUGUCAUAACAUAGAGUAUGAUUUGAACGGGUACCUGGGUCUGACCGAGAAAGCGUCUUCUCCUGAGCAGGUUAUUGAAACAGGUCGAGGAGUUUGCUGUGGAUUCUCUAGCGUCUGCUUACAACUGUGCAAGGAGGUUGGCAUUGAGUGCAGGGAGGUGGGUGGACAUGGCAAAGGUGUUGGAUACAAAUUGGGUCAGAGCUACCAGAACACCAAGUCAAAUCAUAUGUGGAACGCAGUGCGUUUGGAGGAUCACUGGUAUCUGCUGGAUGCCUGCUGGGGAGCUGGGAGAGUGGAUAUGAAUGCCAAAGCCUUUAUAAAGAGAUACAAUGAAUUCUACUUCCUGACUGAUCCAGAAGACUUCAUCAGCUCACACUGGCCCGAUGAGGAGGAAUGGCAGCUGCUGGACAGCCCCAUUAAGCUGGAGGAGUUUGAGAAGGGUGUGCUGAAAACCUCAGAGUUUAACAAGCUCGGGUUAACACUUAUCCACCCUAAACAAUACUUACUCAUUACAGAGGAUGGUGAGGCUUCCAUAUCAAUGAGAUUCUCUCAGCCUGUGGAAUUCACAUACGAGAUUUCCCAGCAGCACAAUGGGGAACAGAAGGAGCUGAGCACCUCUAUGGGUCUACUCACCGUCACACAUAACAGCAUGAAGCUCCAGCUGAUGCCGCCGACUUCAGGAACAUUUGAGAUCAUGCUGUUUGCACGGCCAGGACAUACUUCUGGACAGUACACCUGGGUGUGUUCUUUUCUGCUGGAGUGCAAUAAGCCUAAAUCAUCAGAGAAUCUCCCUGAGAACCCGUACCUUUACUGGGGAAUGACACAAGAUGCUGAAGAUCUGGGAUUGAAACCAUGCAUAUAUAGUAGUGAGGCAAUUUUAAUGAAAUCAGGGUCAUAUGAACUUGUGCUGCAGACUAGAAGGCCUCUCAUAAUGCUGUGUGAAAUAAGUCAUAAGGAUUUGGAUGACACGCUGGCUAAGAGAUGUCUGGCAACCCAAAUUGAAGCAGAUAAACUUACCUGUAGAAUUCUUUGUCCAUACGUUGGCUUUUACAGACUGUCUGUAUUUGUCAAGGACUAUGAAAGUGAUUGGAACAGAUUCCAGAACGUGGGGAACUUCCUUCUUCACUGCAUCGCCAACCCAGUCAACUUGAAUCAACUUUUCCCUCCAGAUCUCAGCUACUUCUGUGGGCCUGGAAUUAGGACGGAUGAUGCUGGCCUAUCAAAGUUCAGCCACACAGCACCGAUAGUGAGCACACAUCAGGGAAAAUGUAACAUCACCUUCCAGAACCAGCAAGAUCUGGACCUUCUUGCAAUUUUAAAACAUAGCAAAGAACAUUCUGGACACCCCCUUACUCAGCAUGUCUUCUUCACCCACAAUGGCAGUAAGGUCACUCUCAGUGUGGUCUUGCCCGAGUCAGGAGUUUACAAACUGAGUCUUUAUGGAAAGACUCCAUCCAGCCAGGAAUUUAAUCUUCUGUGUGAUUUCAUCAUUCAGAACAGCUCAGAGAGUUCAUGGCCCCCAUUUCCAUACACAUACGCAGCAUGGAGGAAGGGCAGCGUGCUGUUUGAGCCACGCUCAGGCCUGCUUGAGCCUCUGUGCUGGGUUCAGUUCCGUGUCCGUGUUCCUGGGGCUCGCAGAGUCAUUGUGCUGGGUGAGGAACAAGUGGAUCUGCAGAUAAAUAAAAGCCACAUUUGGGAAGGAGAGGUGUUCACAGGUAAGACGGAACAGAUCAAACUCGCAGCCAGCCAGGAGGAAACAUCUAAUCAGAUGGAGAUACUGAUGUGCUUCGAUGUGCUGAAGACACAAAAUGAGAUGUAAAAAAAAAGAAACAAGGACAAUCUAGGACAUGGUGCAUGGUGAGGCAUGUCCAGGGUCUAAGGUUCGAUCCUGAUCUCUCAUCCGGGAUGUAUUCCCACCUCACACCCAGAUUCCCAGGACAGCCGUUAACCAACUCAGGAUGAAGUAAUUACAGAAAAUCAAUGAAUGCUGUAAAGUUCUGCAUUCUGCAUCAGAAAUUCAAUACAGGCUUAAUUAAAGAAUAUACUGUACAAAUCAUCACUGAUAAGCACAAAUUGUAAGAAUUCACAAAUUCCUCUGGCAGCUUUCAUGUUUGUUUUGAAUUUCUAUGAAUUCUUUGUCAUACUGUAGAUUAUUUCUUUGUGGAUCACAUUUUUUCUCCGAUGCGCUAAAGUGCACCGUGAACUGUACCUUUCAAUGUGUGAAUGUGUUUUUUCCAGAAUUAGCACAAUUGAAAAAAGAGCUAGAUUUCCACUUAUUAGAAGUCUAAGUGUGUUAUGACAUUUCAAAGGAAGUCGUGUAAAAUGUAUGUGCUUUGGUACGCUGGAGUCAGAAUGAAGCUUUUAAAACUAUUCAUUGUUAGAAAUUCCAAAU